AUGACAGAACUUGCUGUUGGUACUGAUGAAAACCCAUUAAUUAAAGAUUCAUUGGUCAGGGAAGUUUAUAAUAAGUCCAGAAAAUUUUCUGUUGGAGAAAAAAUUACAGACGAUGAAAUUGCUAAUUUUUGUUUAAUAAAUGGCGAGCAGUUUUUCAUUGGCCAUGAUUUUCAAGCAAAUUGUGAGACGAUGUUUUUUGGUUUUGAGAAGGCAAUUCAAUUUGCAAAAGAAGCCACAGAUUUAUUUUGCGAUGGAACUUUUAAAAUUACACCAAAACAUUUUCAAAAAGGACAGAUGCUAACAAUUAUGAUUUGUGAACCUUCAACAAAUCAA